AUGCUUCGGCUUAGCGUCGUCAGAGGUCCAUCCAGACUCAGUUCGGCCACCAUAGUCAGGGGCUUUGGGAUCGCACUUUCUCCAGCAAGGCCUUGCGCAGAGAGGCCAUCUAGCACCUCGAGAGCAGGCACGGUACGCAACUAUGCAGAAGCGUCAUCUGCCAAGCGUACUCGCCGUAGCAAGCCGCAGCUUGAGCUGAACGCCGAGGCCGACGAAGCAGAGAGCUCCACAGCGCGCGGCACACGCUAUGAGCUGCUUUGCCGGGACGUGCUGCACCAACUGUUCGGAAUGGAGCUCACCCGUACAGGUGGAGCCGGUGACCGUGGUGUAGAUCUGCGCGGUUGGUGGGAACCCAAGACAGUGCCUGACCAACCCGCGUCGAAACGAAUCCGCGUGUUGGCGCAGUGCAAGUGCCAGGACGAGGGCGGCAAAAAGAUGGGCCCGGUACUCGUCAGGGAGGUGGAGGGCGUCGUGUUUCGAGCUGCUUCGCCAUCGCCGCCAGCAUCACCAACGGCGACAGGCAAUGCAGACUCCACCGACGAAGUCGACCUUGCCAGUGACCACGACGCGCCCGUCGCAGGCAUCAUCCUAUCCUCGUCGGGCUUCACCAAGCAGGCGCUUCUGCAGGUCCGCUCGAGCAGCGUUCCUCUUGCGGCUAUGCAUGUGCUUGCACAACCGCAGUCGACUUCCGACGCGGGCGGCAAAGAUUUGGUCGAGAGAUGCGUUUCGAUCGUGUGGAAUGACCGCUUCGGGUCGAGCCACGGCCUGUUGCCCGGAGGUAUGGAGGCUCGCUGGAUCAGAUCGCUGUCGCCGCGGCAAGGCGCUGCAGAUGGCACGCUGGGCAGGCCUGUUAUCUACAGAGCGGGAAAACCAUUGCACUAG